AGGACAGCCCACAGCAGUCUGGAGGGUUGGCUGGAAAUCCAGGCGUGUGGUCGGUGCAGAGUCGUGCUGAGCCUGGCUCAAUCCCAGGAAGAACGGGGCGCCAGGCAGGGAAUACCCUGGCAGGGCACACUCUCCGAAAUACAAUCCCCCUCUGCGAAGAAUUGGUGACCCAAGCGCACCUGUUAAUUUAUGGAUUGUGGGAGAAAACUGAAAUGAAAGAAAAACACAAAUUCUACACAAGGCGGCAGAAUUCGAGCCCGCAAACAAAGUUUUCCGAAGGGGCGAAAACACAAACUAAAUCAUAUGUGCCAUUUGCAGUUUUUAUACUGAAUACUGUAUAAUGUGUGCAUUUUUUUCUACAGGAAGGAGUGUAAUUCUGUCCUCUGCGCCCCUGCAAGUCCUUCUGCACCUCAACGGCUGGUACUUUGCUGCCUACUUCCUUGCUGAGAUUCUCAUGUUUGUUUACAAAGGGAUAUUGCUUCCUUAUCCACCAGCUAACCUCACCCUGGACAUAGUGCUGCUCUUCCUCUUCCUCGGAUUGGAGACUCUCAGAAUCUUUUAUGGCCAGAAAGGCAACCUGUGCCAGCGUUCCCUCAGCCUGGUGGUCAGCAUCGGCGUGCUGGUGCCCUGUGCCGUCCUGAGCGUGUAUUACUUGCUGCUGCAGACCUUCGUCCUGCGCCUGGAGGUGAUCCUCAAUGCCGUGCUCCUCUGCUUCCACAGCCUGGAGCUGCUGUUGGGCCUUGUCACCAUCUCUGCCUUCUCCAGGGCCAGCGUCUACUAACGCAGCAGAAUCAUGUGACCCACACCUCACUCUUCGCGGGAAGCUCUUUCCGGAUUUUUCUGUUGGGUAGUUAAGUCUUCAAAACUGACAUGUAGGAACUACAGCUGUGGUAUCAAUAGCUGUUAUGUAUUCAUAUUGGAUUUAAAUGUAUAUAGAUACAGCACUAUAUUUUUUCAAGAAACUUUAUAGGUACAAAUGGUUCAAAUGAAACGAUAACUUUUGUCAUUUUGUCUUUUUUAUGUAAUUCAGAUUAUAAUGAAUUUCCUAUUCAGUAUUGGUCUUCAAUAUUUUUAUUGUUAUGCUUCUUUAUUUGUAUUUAAAUGCAACCUUUGUUUUUUAAUAAAGUCGUGUCAAUGUAACACUUCCUGCUGA